CGUGACUGCUGCAGCACGCGAGCGGCGAAGACGCGGCUGUUUACAAACAAGCGCAGCUGGGUGUCCAUUAGCGCCGCUCCACCGGCUAAAGGAAGCGAAGCAGCAGCAUGGAGAUAGAGGUUUCUCAGCCCUACUACGUGGGGGACAUCGGCUGCUGGGCUGAGAGAACAGAAGUGCACAAGGCGGCGUCCCUCGGGCACGCCGCUCAGCUGCGGCGCCUCAUACAAAGCGGAGCGUCGGUCAACAUGGUGGCUGUGGACUCCAUCACGCCGCUGCACGAGGCCUGCCUCCGUGGCCAGGCGCAGUGUGUGCAGCUACUGCUGGACGCGGGAGCCCAGGUGGAUGCCAGGAACGUGGACGGAAGCACCCCGCUGUGCGACGCCUGUUCAGCUGGUAGUUUGGAGUGCGUGAAGCUGCUGCUGGAGCGUGGCGCCAUGGCCAACCCUGCCCUCACCUCCCGCACGGCCUCUCCACUUCAUGAAGCCUGCAUGGGAGGUAACUCGGACUGUGUGAAGCUGCUGAUCGCCAUGGGCGCUUGCCUGGAGGCAUACGACCUUUACUACGGCACUCCGCUGCACGUAGCUUGUGUUAAUGCGCACACGGACUGUGUUAAAGUUCUGCUUAAUGCAGGCGCUAAAGUCAACGCCGCAAGGCUACAUGAGACUCCCCUGCACCACGCAGCCAAACACACGAGAGUUGAGAUGAUUGAGAUCCUGGUGGAGUUUGGGGCCAACAUCUACGCCAGAGAUCAGCACAACAGGAAGCCGGUGGACUACACCACACCUGGCUCUCCUCCUGAAGCCUGUCUGCGGUUUUAUGAGACCACUCCAUUGACUCUGCAGCAGCUCAGCAGGUUGGCAGUGAGGAGGAAGUUGGGAACCACGGCUCUGAACGUCAUAGCUCAACUCGACAUGCCAAAGCUAAUCAUCAGCUACCUCUGCUAUCAGUGACUGUCACACCGGCUUCAAGAGUGGGUGCCAGUUCAAACUACUGUCUAGAAAGCAGCAAAGAUGUAAUCGUACACUGACAAACACGGUGCCAAUCAUCACAUCAACAAUUUCUUCUGUCCAAUACUGCACUUUGUUAUUGUGUGAAUGCUCUAAGCGUAAUGCUAAUAUAACCAUGUUAGUUAAUGAUAGCAUUUUAGCAAAAGAUGGCCUACGUGGUGCAGUUAGCUAAAAUUAACUAACUCUUUGCUAGCAGCAUUAGGUGGUAACAGAUGCUGUUAGAGUAGCAUAUUGUUAGUUAAUGUUAGCUAGCUAAUGUACUAAAAUUACCAUAUUAGCUAAUGUUUGAAUUUUCCCAAUGGAAGUAUGUAAGCUGCUCUUGUCAUUGUGGCGGUCAUCCAUGCUAAAGUUAGCAUCUUAACUGACCAUAGCAUUAUAGCUAACGCUGGUACAUGCUAUUACAGUUUUUCUCUGUCGCUUUGUUUCUCAAAUCCUCCUGGACAUUUGCAGAACAGUAACUGCAUUUCUCAAAAUAAUUCGUACAAAUAGAGGAUACCACGGAAUAACAGCAAAAGCCUGUCUCAUGCUCAAAAUUGCCUUUCCAAAUUAAAUUCUCAAAUAUAUUUGUCAAUGAACAUGUCUGUGCCAACAGAAGGAGAACUCCUUCUGUCAUUGUGUACGGAUAAGACAGUCAAAUUGCUUAGUCUUGUUAGUAUAACAGUGUACUCUGGAGGGAUGUAAACUAUGGCUAAAGUAUUCGCGACAUUUAUUGUAAAUUAUUAGUUACACCUUGGUAUAUGUGGGAGAUUGAUUGCAAGAAACUGGGCAAGAUUCACAUGUAUGCUAUUGCCUUUUUGUACUGUAAUUUGUUGACAGACCAUUUCAUUGUGAUACAGAAAGAAACACUGUCCAUGCAGUUCUACAGGAAUUACAGUGCAGUCUUCCUACACCUCCUGACGUUCCCGUCUAUUAGGCUACAGUUCUCAUCCCCGUCAAAACGGAGAUCUUCUCUUGCAAGAGAGUGUGGAAAGAAGUUUUUGGAGUGUCUUAUCCAACCUCUGCCAGCAUCUUCUGUGAUGUCGUCAUACACCACAUCCAUGGUGGCAAUCAUAUACUUUUCAUCUCCUUGCUGAAAGAAAUUCCUCUUGAUGUUGGAGCAAUGGAAACUUACACUGUCCCAAAUCAUCACAUAUUUUGGCAAGUCAUCUCUAAUCAGACCCCUCCGUUGUUCAGGGAUUAGAUCCCUGUGCAGAAUGUCCUAAAAGGUGACAAGGCACUCAGAAUGUGUUAGCACACUGUUCUCAAAGAUGGCAGUCCCCAUGCCGCUUGUUAUGUUCCCACCCCGUUGGCCUGGCGCAUCAGCUGCGACUCUGUGGCCAAUGAUAUUUCAACCACGCCUUCUGUGUUAUGGCAAGUUGGAGCCAGCCUCAUCCAUGGAGAUGAAGUUGUGCAGUGGUUCCAGAAGACACUAAAUGAGUCUCAUUUAAUUACAUUUUAAAAUUUUAAAUUUGGUCAAGACAUUUUGCAUCAAAUGUAUGCAGCACAUAUUGCAUCUUCUUUUCAACAGCCUUAGCAAAUACGUGAAGGUCACACUUUACCAUAUAUCACUAAACGACGUACAGUUACUGCAUGCUCAUACAUGUUUUACCUUUACAUACUGGACGGACAGUUGCUUCACCCUUUCACAGUUUCUUUUAAAUAGAACAGUGUACAGCUGUUUCAUAUUAAUUUGUUGUUUUUUCAGUGGUCAGUGGUUCAGAUGCUUACUGUUUGGAUGUUGCCAAAGAUGCUGCUUGUCUUUUUUAAUGGCACUCUUUAUCUCUCUUAGUCUUAUGGCAUUGUUUUCUACAAGCACGGUGCAAAUAGCCUCCUGUUCAGGUGUGGAACAGGACUGUCUUCCUCUGUUUUGGCUCCUAUCUCCUCUGCCUCUCUUUUCUCCUUGAGACUGUUCAACAGAGACUACUCAACACUUUGAUGCAUUAUUACAUGAGGAAUUGAUAAUGUAGGAGACAGCAGACAAUUGUACGUAAUCAUUGGCAUGGAUUUACCGAAGCAUUUGUAGCUGGUUCAAAGAAAUGACAAAGUGCUUUUUUUGGUAUGCACAACUGACACAAUGAUUUGAAGAUUAAUCAGUUUAGAGAAUUUUAAUCUGGAUCUGAGAAAUGUACCAAAGCGCUUGGGAAAAACUGUAACAGUAGCUAGUCCUACCUACUUUUAGCUGAAGUACUACUAUUAGCAUGCUAAACUACAUUUACGUGUUGGUUUUCUCCUCAAGCUCAGAUUUUUAACUUCUUCUGGAUGUACUACCAGUUGCUUCUCUGACAGGUUUAACCUUGAAGUAGGUAGUUUUUCUACUAUGUCGCUGAUGCUCCUUCUGCUCUAAAACCGCUUUUAACAGAUCAGCUUUAAAAAGGUCGCCUGCUUUGAUUGAGCUUCUGCUAGGUCAUUUGUGUGUACAGUAGUUCAUCGAUUUGUUUGCUUAAAGCAGUUUGCACUUUUCACGCUAGGUUCUGUCAGUUUGUACUAUUUAACAAGUGUUUCUACUUUAGCCCCGUUAUUUGUGUGUUUCAACUAGAGAUGCACCUGUCCGAUACCCGGAUCAGAUAUUGGCUCCGAUAUCGACUAAUUACCUGGAUCGAAUAUUGGAUGAAUGACACCGAUCCGCCAUUCCGAUCCAGUUCUUUUCUUUCUUUCUUUUUUUUUUUUAAUUAAUAUCAUACACAGCAAUACAUUUAUGAUGAUCUAGUUACUUCAAUUCUAUGUUUGCAACUCUGGUUAUGUCGUCACGCAGAGAACACACAGCAGCUAGUCAUGAGCAAACAGAGCAAGAUGAAGCAAGUGCCGGACCGAGCCAAGUCUGCUAUUUGGAAACAUUUGAAACUUGAUACGCCAACAAGUCCGACUGUAGCAUGCAAUAUCUGCAACGUGAAAACUGCGAUGGGUGGUGAUAAAGUUGGUAAAUUCAACACCACAAACACGGCAAGGUAAAGAGUUCAUUCAUUCAACAGUAGUAUCAGAUCGAUAUCGGGUAUCGGCCAAUACGCUCAGCUCAGGUAUCGGAUUGGAAAAAACUGGAUCGGUGCAACUCUAGUUUCUACCCUAAUUUUCAACAGAUUUCUUCUACAGUUCUUGCUUUUCUAAUAUUUCUGCCGCUUUGUACUUUCCAAGCGUUUCUGCUUCAGUUCAGCACUGAGCUUUUACACUGCAUUUACACAGUAAAUGCAUUUUUGGGGAUUUGGAUAUGAAAUUGAAGGUUUUGUGCAGAGAAGAUUUACAUUCGUACGUCUCUUCUUAAAUGAAGUUAAAUGCACAUUAGCAAUAUGUCUUAAGUCAUGUUUUCUGUUUGUUAUGCAGAUGCUGUAGUAGUCAUUAUGUAUGAGCAAUUUCCAAAAGGGAUCGUGUUAGUUUGAGAACUCAACUUAAAUAUCUGAAAGAGACAAGUACGCUUUCUAAUUAUUUAUAAUUGCACUUAGGUCAGCUCCCCACAUGGCAGGAAAAAGUCCUUUAAAAAAAGACUGUUUCCUGGAACUUUACCCAUAUGUUUUCUCUUUUGCAUUUAAAACUGUUUUAGGAAACCAUUAUUUAGAUUAAAUCUGUUUGCAGUAUUAAAAACAUCCCUUAUAUUAAAAUAUAAGGGAUGUUUCUUGACCAUCUUUGCAUAAUGCAGAGGUAGGCAGCAUUUAUAUUGAGCAACCUCUACCUAAAAGGAAAUGUUAGGCCUCAAUACAUUUUUGUCACUUUGUUUUUGAAAAAUGUUUAUAGUUUUUGCCAGAGGAAUUUAAAAUGUUUGAAUGUCAUCUCUAAUGGCAAUAUUUAAAGGAUUUUAGGGUCUUUAAUCCAGUGAUCGUAGUAUAUCAAAAUAUCAGUGAGAUUAAUUCACCACAACUUUUGGUAUUUUAUAUCAUUACCAGAUUGCUUUAAAACACGGUCUGUAUACAUAAUUCUAGCACUUUUUAAUCCAGUAAUCAGUAUGAAAUUGAAUGCUGGGAAAUAAGUAAUUUUAACAUUGGAAAAAGAAUGUUAAGAUGUCAGACGUAAUGGUCAGCCUCUAGGCCACAUCUCACAAAACUUAACUUAGUUAUUGUGGCUUAUAGCUAAUGAAAAUCCAAAAUUCUGUCUUUCAGAAAAUGUCUGUAUUGUGUAAGACUAAUAAAUAUUAUUUGUUUUUAAUAUAGAGUUGUGGAGUUCCUGAAAAUAUGUUCAUGUACUGAACAGCAUUUGGACCCAAUGCUUUGUAGGGACUUCUUUUUGGAGGAGCUACAGGAACAUCUCAAAAGAUGUGAAUAUUGUGCAAAUGUUUACUAUAUUUUGUCAUUCAUUUUACAAAGUAAAAUUUGUAAAGUUUCAUUAAA